GCCCUCAGCCGCGGGCCCCCGGCGGCUGCCGCCACACGCCCUCGGCCAGCGGUCUGCCCGCUGCGGGGCUUGGCAUGCGACAUUAAACACAGUCCCGGUCACCUCAAGUGUGGCCUCGGUCGUGCCCCUGCAUUCAGCCGUCGUGGCUGUGUUUAGUAUAUGUUGAUUAUUUAUUUAUUUUUCCUAUGGAUUUGCCUCAUACCUUUGUGAAGUAACGUUUUUAGCAGUGCUCAGUGGCAAGGAGUUGCGUAGCUUAACUGCGUUAUGGAAAAAGCCCUCUCCUGGUUGCCCAGAGCAAAGCCCCUGGCAGAGUCACUCCAUUCCCCCUCAUCUUUGCAUCAGAAGGAGCAGCUGGCUGUCUCUCCGCCUUUUCGUUUUUCUCAUGACUGUACAGAUCUCUGCCCCUUUUCACUCAGCUGCCCCCCAGGAUGCUUUCCAGUCUUCAGAGUUUGAGAUGCAUGCAGCUGCAGAAAUUGGUGGAUGAAAAUAUGGAUGCUCUUCAUAAUUUGAAAAAAGCUGAUGAGCCUGCGCCUGUGGGGAAUUAUACUCAGAGGAAAGAAGAAGAGGAGAAGCUAUUGCUAAAGCUGUCUCAACAGCUGCAGAAACUUGGUCAUGUCUUGGAUCAGGAUAACGCAGCUACAAAUGACACAGUUAGGAAUGAGGGACAUCAAAAAGAUCCUCAAAGAGAAGAUGAAGACAAAGAAGAGGAUGAGAGUGAUGAUGACGAUGGAGAAAGUAGUGAGGAAGAAGACAGUGAAGAAACAGAUGAUGAGGAUAAACUGUUGGAUGAUCCCAGUGUUAAAGAAUGUAUUGCAGUUGGAAACUUUAAUGCGCAGCAGGAGGGUGAUCUCGCGUUUAAGAAAGGUGAAGUCCUGCUUAUACAUGAUAAGAAGGCGGAUGGCUGGUGGCUAGCUGAAAACUCAAAAGGGGAGAGAGGCCUCGUGCCUAAAACCUAUCUUGCGGUCCAUAACAAAGAUGGAGAAAGCCAAGAGGAAAGUGAUGAACACAUAGAAGUGGUGGAUGAAACAGCAGAUGGAACUCAAAUUAAAAAAAGAACAGAUCCUCACUGGAGCGCUGUGAGAAAAGCUAUCACAGAGAAUGAUACAGUAGAGGUAUUGGGAACUAUGGGAGCAGUUCCUGCAGGAUUCCGUCUCUCCACACUUUUCCAGCUCUUAGAAGAAGGUAAUCAGUUUAGAGCAAGUUACUUCUUACAGCCUGAACUUACUCCAUCCCAGCUGGCUUUCAAAGACUUGGUGUGGGACUCCGAAAAAAAUACUAUCCAGCCUAGACCAACUCGAGUAUCCCUGAUUGUGACUUUAUGUAGCUGCAAAAUGAUUCCUCUCCCAGCAGGCAGCAUACAGGUUCUCAGUAGACAUGUUCGACUCUGUCUAUUUGAUGGCAAUCGGGUACUGAGUAACAUUCAUACAGUGAGAGCCACAUGGCAACCUAAAAAUCCCCAAAUGUGGACCUUUUCUCCAAGGGUAACAGGCAUUUUACCCAGCUUGCUGGAUGGUGACUGUUUUGUCAGGUCUAAUUCUCCAUCUUCAGAUAUUGGUUUCUUAUUUGAACUUGGCAUCACUUAUAUUCGCAAUUCAACAGGUGAACGAGGAGAGCUAAGCUGUGGCUGGGUAUUUCAGAAGCUUUUUACUUCUGAUGGAAUGCCUGUUCCUUCCAAGAUGUAUGAGCUGCCAUUAAAUGGUGGUACUCCCUAUGAGAGAGGCGUUGAGGUAGACCCAUCAAUAUCAAGAAGAGCAGGCAGUAGUGUUCUUCAACAGCUUAUAACACUCAAGAAGCAGCCUGUGCUUCUAGUAAAACUGAGGUCAUUAAGCACGCAGUCAAAAGACAUCCUGAAUUUGCUACCAGAAACAUUAAUUGGCAGUAUGUGCUACAUCCAUCUCUUGAUAUUUUAUCGACAAAUACUUGGUGAUGCACUCCUGAAAGACAGAAUAAACAUGCAAAGUGCAGAUUUAAUCUGUAAUCCUAUUUUAGCAACGUUCCCUCAACUCAUGGAUCAGCCAGACCUGAUGGACGCACUGCGGAGUGCUUGGGCAGAUAGAGAAAGAAAUCUGAAGAGAUCAGAGAAGAGGGAUCGAGAAUUUCUGAAGUCUCUGUUUGUCCUGGUGUACCACGACUCUGUCUUCCCUCUCCUCCAGUCCACUUUCCUCCCCAGCUACAAGUGGGCUGAGGAGGAAUCUGAAGCCUCUCGCUGGAGGGUGAUCGCUGACUUCUUGAGAAAGAGCCGAGAGAAUGAUGGUGCACUCCAGUCCCUGCUGUCAUCAGAAAAUACCCACAAAGCCUUUGAUAUCUCAGAGCUGGCCUAUGAUUUCUUAGGAGAAACGAGGAAAAACAAUCCUGUAGCAUGAAUGGAUUAUGGGGUAACGAUAUAGAUGAAUUCAUACCAAAGGAAAAUUGUGUACUAUCUGGGUUUUAAGAAAUAUUUUAGAACAUUUAACA